GGUCGUAGGGUCAAAUCGGAAUAUAUAAUCGACUGCAUUCCGAUACGCAAACGCGGUUUAUAUUCCGCCGACUUGUAUCACCGGCAGUGAGGUCGAAAAUUGCGAGCGCGCGACACGCUUCCGGUCUCUCGCAUCGUUAUUGUUCAAUAAUUGACGAGUAUAAAUAAAUAUAUCGGUAACUUGACGAGGAAUUAACCAAAGUCAUGGUCGACGUCGGUGUCUCUUCGAUAGUGAAUCUCGGCUUCAGUUUUUCGCUGACGAUAUUUCUGGUCCCGCUUCUCCUUAUCGCGUACUUAGUGAUGACGUGGACAAGGAGAUCUUGGAUACGCUUCAUAAAGUGGAAGUAUCCGAAUUACGUCGUCGUGGAGGAGAACAGUAUUCGGAGUAUCUUGGAUCAGGGACGGAAUCACGGAAUCUGCACGCUUCUCGUGGAAGGUCGUUUGAUCGUGAAGGGCGUGAGGAAUCACCUCGCUCAUCUGGCGUCUACGAGAAAAUACCUGAGAUCGGCUCUCUUCACACGCUGGGGCGUCUACGUUUGGAAGGAGCUCGAUUACUCCGUCGACAGCCACCUGGUGAACUCGCCCUGCUCGUUUCGCGGUCGUCCCAUCACUGACAACAACAUCCAGGAUUACAUAAGCGACGUGACGUCAAAGUUUCUUCCGGGGAAAUUACCGCCGUGGCAGGUGCACGUGGUAAAUUGCUUCGUGCGUGGGGAAGAGCGUCAGGUAUGUCUCGUGCGGGCGCAUCAUUUGCUUCUGCGACAGGAGCACCUGACUUUGGCGGAUUUCUUGCCGCUCAAGUAUUCGACGGAUAACUGGACGUGCCAGGAAAGCGAUUCGCCCUUCACGAAUCUGUAUGCCGAGCCCACUGCUCUACCGCGGCUUCGACAGAUGCUCAUCGAGAGCUUCAGCAACUACUGGAACGAUUUUCUUUACAACAACGAUCCCAUCGAACGCCCGGAGAUCCUGAAGAAGCGGAUCGGAGUGUCUCAAUGCGUCAAAAUCGCGAUGAUAGUCCUAGUUUGUACUCUGAAAGAGCUUGCCAGACAAUGGCGAAAGGCUGAAGGACUGAAAUUCCUGGAGCUUGUAUCGAUCGUCCAACGCGAGUCGAGCAAGAGGAGCUUCAAUCCUCGCCUGAUACUCGAAUCCAUCACCAAGUCUUUCAAUCCGAUCAACAUCCUUCACUCCUGCAUCGCUUUGUCCUGGUACAUCAUGGUCACGUUGUGCUUAAGGACGCCGUUUCUCCUCGUCCGAGAGCUGCAGGCUCUAAAAUCGCGUCACAAACACUACUACGCGGAUACCUUGACCUAUAUGCUCUUCUGCUACCUCCCACUGACAUUCCAAGCGAUUCGCGAAAUUAUGUCCAUCAGCUGGAUAGCCGUAACGGCACCCAAGAUCAUCGUCGAGGAGCUGUUUCUGAAGCAUCCGCAGUCGAAUCAGCUGCAGACCAUCUCUCCGUGCGGAAGAAAGGUGGUGGCUUGGUCGGAGGAGGUCGACGUCGACCUGGUGCGGAAAAUCGCCAACGUAACCGGGGCGACGGAGACGGAAGUUCUCUUAGUGGCCACCGUGGACGCUCUGAAGGAGUACUUCCGGCACUCGGACGUCAACGUUCCGGACGACGUGCUCGCGACCGUGAAGUUCGUGAGUCAGCGAGCCGUGUUCCUGAGAAACCACGAGGCCCGAGGUAUCCUCUGUCUCGCCUUGCCCACCAGGACGCCGUUGUUUCACGACGAUCUCGUCGAGAUCUUACAGGUCAUUCAACGAAACGUUCAGGAAGCCAGGUCUAGGCAGAGCGCGAUUUACGCGAUCACGGCGGCGGAAACGUCCUGCGGGUUCAUCUCGUCCUGCGUACCUGCCAUCGUCCUGAAGUUACUCCUCAAUCAACUGUCGAGAAGGUACUCCCUGUGUUUGACGCACGUCGACGGUGAUCUACCUGUGGAAGGCAUAGAUGGGGCGAUCUACUGGCGACCGCCGCAAGGAAACUGCAACAUGUCAAUGACCUUACACAAGCGUGGAAACGGAGUGCGUCUCGGCGUAAUGGGAGACGCGUUACUCGGCCCGCAGCAUUUCGUCCUGGCGAGGACGUUUCCUCAGAGUGUACGGAAUCUCGCCAACAUUCUGGGGGUUCCGAGGGCGUCCAGUCGGAGCCCGAGCCCUAACGCACUCAAUCCAAUGACGUCUCCAGGAUACUGAGAUAAUUUUGCCGAUGGAAGGACAAAGGGGAUUUGAUUUUUCUUCUCAUUUAGUGUUUUCUCUCACCUCUUACUCUGUUUCUUUUUUUCAGAGAAAUAGUAUCCGGGUCGCGAACCCCGAUAAUAAUACCGGUAACAUGUAAUUUUUUAACACCGUCGAUAAUAAAUAUUUAAUCUGUUCAUAUUUAUCAGACAGAUACAUGUUAGUCACAUUAUAUAGUCGUUACAUGUUCGAGACAAACAAAAUUUUGACGGCUUUUAUAAAUAACAAUUUUUAUAAAUAUAGUCUAUUCACACUAUUCAUCUCUCUUCUAGUUCUUCUUCGGACAAGUACCUGAAUAUUAUUGAAAUGUUUUAAUUAGAUGUUUGUUUAGAUGAAAGAUGAAACAUGCUUACAUCUUCUUUGCAUUAUCGUGUAGCAGAUAUUUUUAUGUCAUAUCACUAUGUGUAUAUCACGCAACGAUGUAAAUCGAACAAUUGAAAUAAAUUAAGUUAAAUGAUUCAA